AUGGGAGGGACGGCUCGGGAAAGCCCGGAGGACUGCCGCUUUCUGGACGCAGAAGCAUCCAAGACGCGAAAGAAGACCUGCACCAGAUACCAGAUCUGCGGACUGCUCUUCAGCGUGCUGCUCAUUUCUCUUAUUCUGAUAUUUUUUGGUGUCAAAUAUCUCUGGAACCCAACACCCAGGAAAGUUUACGACAUGGAGCACACGUUCUUCAGCCACGGUGAAAAGAAGAAGAUUGUGAUGGAGAUCGACCCGCUGGCCAGGACAGAGACCUUCAGGAGUGGGAACGGCAGCGAGGAAAUCCUGGAGAUCCAUGACUUCAAAAACGGAAUAACUGGCAUCUUCUUUGUGGGACUUCAAAAAUGUUUCAUCAAAACUCAGACUAAAGUCCUACCUGAGACGACAGAGGCCAAGAUCCCCGAGCUUGAGGGAGAAGAAAUCACGACCACCUACUUUGAGCAGUCCGUGGUCUGGGUGCCUGGGGAAAAGCCCAUUCAGAACAAGGAGUUCCUGAAGAGCUCCAAAAUUUUUGACAUCUGCAGAAAUGUGACCAUCUACUGGAUCCACCCCACGCCAAUAGCAGCUCCUGAGCUGGCCGACCUUGAAGGUGCAGAAGAAGAAGAUCGUGAGCUGCUCGUGGACAACCAGAGCUGGUUGGAUGGGGGGAGCGAAUACGAGGUGGAGAAGGAUGCGCAGCCGGGGCCCAAGCGCCGGGCACGGCAGCUCACUGAGGAGGACCUGCCUGUCAACGACUACGUGAGUGCGGGGAAUCACACCCUGGGGUGCCCUGGCCAUGGUCCCGGGGUGUCCUGUCGGAGAACGGGCAACCGCUACUGCCGGCGGGGCUGCGAGCCCCUCCUGGGCUACUACCCCUACCCCUACUGCUACCAGGGCGGGAGGGUCAUCUGCCGGAUCAUCAUGCCCUGCAACUGGUGGAUCGCACGGAUGCUGGGCAGGGUGUAGCACCCACCACGCAGCACCUAGCGCUUGGGUGCUGCCCCAUGCCCACCUGCUGCGUCGCCACCCAUCCGGAUGCAUCCUGACAUAGCCGACGUGCAGGU